AUGGCACCGCUGCUGCCCUCGGCGCCGAUUGGCGCGCUCGUGCUGCCCGAGAUAAACGUCACGAGUGCGGAGACCUCACGCCAGAUCGAGAAGCGCUUCUCCUUUCUCUGGAGCUCCGCGCAUCGUCUGUUACCCACAAGUGCCGCGCUGGCCAACCAUCUGAUUGCGUCUAUGAUGCAGAUAGCAAGAACCAGUCGCGCUCAGCUGCCGCAGUCGGUGCUGGACUUUAUCUGUGAAUGCUGUGGCGGACUACUCGUGCCCAGCGUGUCUGCAGACGUGCGCGUGGUCUCUCAGUCGCGUCAAUCGCCUAUUAACCGUCGACUCGCGAGGCAACAGCGACGAGCAUGUAAGCGGUUAAGCAGUACUGAAAGUGGACGACGUUUUGUCUGUGCAACUCUGUCAACUAUCGUGCGAGUGACCUGCCACCGAUGUCGGCAUUCGAACGACCGACCUGGGACGUCGGCAAUUUAUAAGGCCAAGCUAAAGAAAUGCCGUGGUGAGGGGCAGCAUUUGAAAGCAACAGAUCCCGAACUGAAAACGAAGAAAAUGGACACCAAAAGUAUCGAUGGUCAAGUCGAGCAGUUCGCACCAACUGUUGCGAAGGCUUCACCUAAUUGCGUAGAGUUAAAGUCAGCUCCAUGUAGUAUGUUUGCUGCAGUAGCACCAAGCUCACCGAGAAAGCUGCUGGACGGACCGAAGAAGCGGAAGAAGAAGCAGAAAAAGAUGACGCAGCCGGAUGCUGCUGUGGCCGCUGUCAAGAAUGAUUUGAGCUCCUUCUUGCAAGGACUUGCUCCCAGAACGUGA